AGUCUCCCCUGUGAGCUCUUCACUGCAACACCACAACCAAAAUUGUUCUGUCUGUGAAGUAAAGAAAUUUAUUGGUUUUCUUGGUGCAUCACCUUCAUUGGAUUUAUCAGUGUAUCUGCGUGGGUGGAAAAGAAAAUUUCAAAUGUGAAGUAUCGUGGGAGAGGUGCUAGACUUACCUGUAAAAGAGAUUUUUAAAUAUUUCAUUUAACUGAGCGUCUUUGUACGCUUAGGUACGCCACGCCGCCAAUAAGGUGUGGGUGAGUGAGAGAUAGCAAAGAAGAGUAUUUUACGAUGUCGUCCGUAAAGGUGGCAGUUCGGGUGCGCCCAUUCAAUACGCGCGAAAUAACGCGCGAGUCAAAAUGCAUAAUUGAAAUGAGUGGGGCCACAACGUGCAUUGUUAAUCCCAAAGUACCACCAGGAUCAAAUGAUUCAGUCAAGAGAUUCAACUUUGAUUAUUCAUAUUGGUCACAUGAUCCAAAUGAUCCUGAUUUUACGACACAAUCCAUGGUUUAUGGGGAUAUUGGGGAGGAGAUGCUGCAGCAUUCCUUCGAUGGGUACAAUGUGUGCAUUUUUGCAUAUGGACAAACUGGUGCAGGAAAGUCAUACACUAUGAUGGGUCGACAGGAGGUUGAGGGGCAGGAAGGGAUUAUCCCGAUGGUGUGUAAAGAUCUCUUUAGGCGCAUCAAGGAAACAGCAUCGGAAGAACUUAAAUAUACGGUUGAAGUGAGCUACAUGGAGAUUUAUUGUGAACGCGUGCGUGAUUUGCUGAAUCCGAAAAAUAAGGGAAACCUCCGUGUACGUGAGCAUCCACUCCUAGGGCCCUACGUGGAGGAUCUAUCGAAGCUAGCAGUGACAGAUUACCAAGAUAUUCAUGAUUUAAUUGAUGAAGGCAACAAAGCUCGUACCGUUGCGGCUACAAAUAUGAAUGAGACAAGCUCACGAUCACAUGCUGUCUUCACGAUUUUCUUCACACAGCGACGUCACGAUGUAACCACGGAUUUAAUCACGGAGAAAGUCUCCAAGAUUAGCCUUGUUGAUUUAGCCGGAAGUGAGAGGGCUGAUAGUACAGGGGCAAAGGGGACACGUCUCAAGGAGGGGGCGAACAUCAACAAAAGUCUUACGACACUGGGAAAAGUGAUUUCAGCUCUUGCCGAAAUGGCAUCAAAGAGUAAGAAAUCAAAAAAGGCGGACUUUAUUCCGUACCGUGAUUCAGUUCUUACGUGGCUUCUACGAGAGAAUUUGGGUGGUAAUUCCAAGACAGCAAUGAUAGCUGCUAUUUCACCGGCAGACAUUAAUUAUGACGAAACUUUGAGCACACUAAGAUACGCGGAUCGUGCCAAACAGAUUGUUUGCAAAGCUGUUGUCAAUGAGGAUGCAAAUGCUAAGCUUAUUCGUGAGCUCAAGGAGGAAAUUCAGAAGCUUCGAGAACUUCUUCGUGCCGAAGGAAUUGAAGUGCAGGAAGGACCGGACGGUAAAGUGGUUUGUGAGAAACGAGAUCCCAAUAAAGAUGAAAUCAAUACAAAAUCCGAGAGUAUUAUCAAAAACAUUCCAACAUCCCCGAAUAAGGGACGCACUAGGACAGGAUCAACCACAGAAAUGGCAGUUGAUCAACUUCAGGCUAGCGAAAAGUUGAUUGCAGAACUCAAUGAGACGUGGGAGGAAAAAUUGAAGCGCACAGAACAAAUUCGUCUCCAACGUGAAGCUGUUUUUGCGGAAAUGGGUGUGGCUGUGAAGGAGGAUGGAAAUACAGUUGGUGUCUUCUCGCCAAAGAUGACACCACACUUGGUGAAUCUCAAUGAAGAUCCGACGCUAUCGGAGUGUCUUUUGUACUACAUAAAGGAUGGGAUAACACGCCUUGGGACAGCUGAAGCGAAUCUCCCGCAGGAUAUUCAACUAUCUGGCCCGUAUAUCCUCAAGGAGCAUGUAAUGUUUGAGAAUAGAAAUGGCGUUGUGACCCUUGUGCCGCACAAAGAUGCCCUGGUGUAUCUAAAUGGGCGUAAAUUAAUUGAACCCGAGGUCUUAACAACGGGUUCAAGGGUAAUUCUGGGGAAGAAUCAUGUGUUUCGCUUCACCCAUCCGGAACAGGCGCGUGAGAUAAGGGAGAAGGCAGUUACGGAGACACCGGGAAGUGGGGAGACGGUUGAUUGGAAUUUUGCACAGUGUGAAUUGCUGGAGAAGCAGGGAAUUGAUCUCAAGGCGGAAAUGGAGAAGCGCCUAAUUGCACUUGAGGAACAAUUUAAGCGGGAAAAAUUGCAAGCUGAUCAGGAAUUUGAGGAGCAACGUAAAUCCUAUGAGGCACGAAUUGAUGCACUACAGAAGCAAGUGGAGGAGCAAUCGAUGACAAUGUCCAUGUAUAGUAGCUAUACACCGGAAGAUUUUCAUCCGGAAGAGGAUAUCUUUGUGAAUCCAUUAUUUGAAUCAUGCUGGUCCGCUAGAGAAGCUGGCCUAGCAGCAUGGGCAUUCCGUAAGUGGAGAAUCCAUCAAUUUACAUCCCUACGAGAUGAUUUGUGGGGAAAUGCAAUCUUCCUCAAGGAAGCAAAUGCAAUUUCCGUGGAAUUAAAAAAGAAGGUUCAAUUUCAAUUUACACUCCUCACGGACACCCUGUACUCCCCAUUGCCGCCUGAAUUGGCGGCUAACAGUGGUAGUUUGGGAGCUAUAACUUCCGGACAGGGUAGUGGGGGGAAUGAAGAUGAAUUUGGCGGAAAUCCAGCCCCGAGAACAAUUGUGGCUGUGGAAGUGACUGACAUGAAGAAUGGAGCAACGCAUUAUUGGACGUUAGAGAAAUUGCGCUGCCGUCUUGAGUUGAUGCGCCAAAUUUACAAUGCGGAGAGUCCACCGAUGGUUGGUAGUGGUGUGGAAACCCCAACGAAUGGUAUGAUGGUGUGCAAAUCAAUUGGGCAGAUGGUGAUGUCCCCGGAUGAAAUGCCCCUGGAAUCGGGGGAGCAACAGGAACUACUUCAGUGCUUGACGGCAGCGUGUGCCAAUGCAUCAAGACUCUCAUUAGCUAAUCUCUUACCAUCUAGACAAAGGUUGGAGCUAAUGCGUGAAAUGUACCACAAUGAGGCGGAGCUCAGUCCAACAUCUCCGGACUACAAUGUUGAGAGUCUCACUGGUGGUGAUCCAUUCUACGAUCGCUUUCCGUGGUUCCGGAUGGUGGGGAGGUCAUUUGUCUACCUUAGCAAUCUCCUCUAUCCAGUUCCACUUGUGCACAAGGUUGCCAUUGUGAAUGAAAGGGGUGACGUGAGGGGAUACCUACGUGUUGCCGUUCAACCUGUUAUGAAAUCUCAUGUGUUGCAGGAUGAGGAGAGCAUUGAUGUGAGCAAUGGGGUGAAACAGUCGGCAAGGAUUCUUUUUGAUGAGGAACACAAACCAAAGUAUAGAUCCCUUGUGCAGGAGCGCGAUGAGCGCUUCAUUGAGGGUCAGGAAUGUGGAAAAGUCGAAGAGGUGGAAAUUGAGGAUGCUGAUUCCGGACGCGGGGAUUCAAGUGUAUCGUCUGAGGUGCACGAAGCAACUGAGGAGCCUGGGGAACAUCUCCAAAUUGGCAAGGAUUUCACCUUCCGCGUGACUGUGUUGCAGGCUACGGGAAUUGCUGCUGAGUAUGCAGAUAUUUUCUGCCAAUUCAACUUCCUGCAUCGUCAUGAGGAGGCUUUCUCAACGGAGCCAGUAAAGAAUAGUGGUUCUGGGUCUCCACUUGGCUUCUACCACGUACAGAAUGUCACGGUGCCGGUGACAAAGUCAUUUAUUGAGUAUCUAAAGACGCAACCGAUUAUGUUUAAGAUCUUUGGGCACUAUCAGAAUCAUCCGUUGCACAAGGAUGCAAAACAAGAGUGUCAGACGCGUCCACCACCACGUAGGAUGCUCCCCCCGAGUAUUCCAAUUAGUCAGCCGGUGCGAAGUCCCAAAUUCGGGCCACUCCCUUGCCCACCGUCGUCUACGGUGCUGGCAAAGCAUGAUAUUCUUGUUUGGUUUGAAAUAUGCGAACUUGCCCCCAAUGGGGAGUAUGUGCCGUCUGUUGUGGAGCACAGCGAUGAUCUCGCAUGCCGGGGGCUCUUCCUCUUGCAUCAGGGUAUCCAGAGGCGUAUACGCAUUACAAUUGUGCACGAACCAACGCCAGAGCUGAAGUGGAAGGAUAUCCGGGAACUUGUGGUGGGACGUAUUCGGAAUACCCCCGAGUCUGGGGAUGAAAUGGAUGAUGAUUCAUGCGUUCUGUCGCUUGGAUUGUUCCCGGGGGAAGUUCUCGAUGUUCCCGGGGAUGAUCGUUCAUUCUUCCGCUUUGAAGCUGCAUGGGAUUCCAGCCUACAUAAUUCCACAUUGCUCAAUCGUGUCACUCAGGCCGGUGAAACUAUCUACAUUACACUCAGUGCUUAUCUUGAGUUGGACAAUUGUGCUCGUCCAGCAAUUGUGACCAAAGAUCUCAGCAUGAUUAUCUAUGGACGCGAUGCAAGGACUGGACCACGAUCACUGAAGCAUCUCUUUUCGGGGCAGUACCGCAAUCCAGAAGCAAAUCGCCUCUCAGGAGUGUAUGAACUCUCCCUACGACGUGCAUCCGAAGCAGGUAGUCCAGGUGUUCAACGUCGACAGAGAAGGGUUCUGGAUACAAGUUCAACGUAUGUGCGUGGUGAGGAGAAUCUUCAUGGUUGGCGCCCGCGUGGGGAUUCAUUGAUAUUUGAUCAUCAGUGGGAAUUGGAGAAGUUAACGCGCCUCGAGGAAGUGGGACGUGUGAGGCAUUUACUGAUGCUCCGUGAGCGUCUUGGUAUGGAUACAAAUCCCAAUCCGACGACCAAAACGGAGAAGGAUGUUUGCAAUUUAGCAGCACGUGCUGGUGCAUCACCCGUACAUAUGGUCAUACCACCAUCACCGCAAACACCAAUUAAGGAUCAGCAGGCACUCAUGCCAGAGCGGGAGUACACGCAGAAGGAACAGGAACUACUGAAUAAGUGUAUUCACCUCAUUCAGGGGCGUAUUGGGAUGAAAGGUGAACAAGAGAGCACAAUUGGGCAAAUUGAUGCCUCACCUGGAGAUGAGGGAUGUGCAGAUAUGACGGCGAGCUAUAUUUCCGGGAAUUCAAUUGAAUUGUGCUCUCCGGAACGCGUGGAAGUACCAAAUGGAUGGGAAGCACCAGCACCGGCACCACAACCAGCUCUUCCGUUGCGACUGUACGUUCCUGAUUUGGAGGAGAUACGCGUGAGCCCCGUUGUGGCGCGCAAGGGUUACUUGAAUGUACUCGAACAUGGUGGUUCAGGAUGGAAGAAGCGCUGGGUGACUGUACGUCGUCCGUAUGUCUUCAUUUUCCGCAGUGAAAAGGAUCCCGUUGAGAGGGCAGUUCUCAAUUUGGGUACAGCACAAGUUGAAUGUAGUGAAGAUCAAGCGGCUAUGGUGAAGAUUCCCAAUACUUUCAGUGUGGUGACCAAACACAGGGGCUAUCUACUGCAAACUCUUGGGGAUAAGGAAGUACAUGAUUGGCUCUAUGCCAUUAAUCCUCUCCUAGCGGGGCAAAUCAGAUCGAGACUAGCUCGACGGAAUGUGGAAGCCUCAGCUCAGGGUGUUACAUCAUCGCAACAUUCAAGCAAAUGAGAUACAAUCACGAUGGAAUCUGUUUUGGUGUACUAAAAGCCUGACUGUUUUUGUUGAGAUCUCAUUUUGUUGAUUUUUAAGUUUUAAAAUUAAUUUUUAUAUUUAAUUUGUUUUCUUUUUAAACAAAGCAGAAGGAGAUUUAUUUUCAAAACUGUUAAAGUUUAAUUCCCUUCAAGAGCAAAGAAAGAAAAUUCAAUCGCAAUUUGUAAUAAUGGAGUAUAUUACACACCAAAACAGGCUCUUCAUCGUGAAAUGAGGGAUCGCCCCAUGUGGACAGAUUUAUUUAGGCAGGUAAAAAAAAUAUAUAUAAAUAAAAAUACACUAAAAAAAAGAAAAAAAUAUUAAACUAACAAUUCAACUAGAAUGAUUUAUCAAUUAUAUUGUACUAAAAAAAAAGAAAAGAGAGAAAUUUUGAGAAGAAAAAUCUCUUAAUUACAAAAAAAUUGAAAAAAAGAAAAUAUACUAAAUAAUUUACACUAUAGAAGAAAAUAUUAUUGUAUUAACAUGACAAAAAAAAAGUAUUUAUUAAAUGUGGAAUAAUCACUUAAUAAUUUUAAAAAAAAAUGAAGAUUAAAGAAAAACUAAAGGGUGCCCAGAAUAUGAUUAAUCUUGAAUCCUUUAAGAAAACAAAAUAAAUUCACAAAAAAUUGAAUUCUUUGAAUAAUUAUUUAAGCUUAAAGUGAAAAGAAUAUUUCUUCCGGAGUUUUCCGAGUCGAAAGCUUUGGGAAAGAAAUCUGACACAUUAAGCGCUCUUUAUUCAUAGUUUUCUGUGAUGUGCUAAAUAUUUAUCCUAAAGCAUCAAAACAUUAAAUUUCCGUCAGUAUCAACCCGACUAAAUAUUUAUAAUUCUCUAUUCAAAGCAACUUUACACUGAGGCACCACCCCGUUUGAUGGAAUAUGGGUGGAGCUUAAUCCAAUAAAUCCGUUUCUUCACAGCGAUCGCAGCUAAAACAGAUCGUUGAAACUUCAAUGAAUAAGAAAAAGAAUUGGAAGUUCUCUCCUUUCUUUCUGAUUGGUUAAAUAAUCCCAAAAAGAGCGCUUAUUGGUGAAUUACAGUUUUGUCCAAAAAAAUUAAUAUUUUCAAGACGUCUAGCUUCAAAAUUGUUUAGAAAACUUAAUUUUUAAGCAAAAUUCUUGAAAUUUUAUGCAAAAAUUGUAAAAUUUCUCUCGGUAAUUGAAUCAAUUUAAUUGUUGCAAAAACAAAAACUUUUUAUUCUAUUUUCUUACACUCAGAGCUAAUGAAGUAAACUGAACGUACUAAAAAUGGUCAAAUCUGCGUUCAAUUCUAACUUCUCUACCUGGGCAUGAAUUCUCUAAGAGUGAAAAACUCCCGUGAUAAACUCUUGAAGGCUUUAGCGUUUUAAAAGAAACGUGAAAACCGGGAAAAUCUUACGAGAGUUUAUCACGGAUGCAUUAUUUUUCUUAGGGGAUCAUGCUCACGUGAAGUUUUCCUCACUUUUUCCCUGCAAAAAGCCUACGGGAGUUUAUCACGAGAGUUUUUCACUCUUAGAGAAUAUCACCUGGUGGAGCUUUAGUGCAAAAUUGUUUUGAAUACAGCCCAUUUAAAAUUCUUUUAAAAAAUCAACUUAAAUGCAACAUUAUUGAUCUGAUUAAACUCAUUGAAACCCCCUGAGAAAAAAAAGAAUUGGUUCUAACUCAAUUAAUUCCGUUAUGGGCACCCUCUAUUGAAAAGUUAAUAAAAAGUGAAAAUAGAAAAGAAAUGAGAAGAGAAACCUCCCUUUAUAUGAAUUCUAAUAGACAUUUUAAAAAUUUAAUUUUGCUCUGUGAUGACAUUUUUUUCAUUUCUUAUUUAUAUAAUACAAAAAAGAGAUUUAAAAAAAAAACAACAAAAAGACAUGAAAAAAAUUGUGGGUUAAAAAAAUUUGCAAAAAAAAUUGUGUAAAUAGUUUUAUUAAAUUUAUUAUAAAUUAAUGAGAAAUGAUGUGAAGAGAGAAAAAUUUUGUAGGUGGAAAUUGUAGUGAAAAUAUUUUAAAUAUUUGUUAGCUUGAGAAAAAAAGGAGAAAAUGGUGCACUUGGGAGCUUCUGGUGAUGCCUUUUUUAAAUAUUCUUUCAAUAUUUAUUUUAAAAGUUCCCACGAUAUUUUUUUUUCUUCGGGAGGGAGGCCCUCUUGGAGCGUAAGAAGAUGAGGGAGAAGGAAAAAAAGAAAAUAUUAUUAUCUAUUGUGCUGUAAAUAUUUAUGAGAAGGAAGGAAGGACACAUGAAGUCUCAAAUGAUACGUAAAAUUGGCGCUGCAUCUCUUGUUGAAUUUCAUGCUGAAGGGAAUCCCAUUGAGGAGAGUAUUCGCAUCAGGAUGGAUGCGAGGGAGGCUCUUUGACACUCAAGGACACGUUACAAAACAGCCUACGUAGAUGGAAUCGAAAGUGUUGGGAGUUUCCUCAUCAGCUGAAAAGUCAGUCAACUUUUCUUGUUGGGUGGCUACCUCCACACUGGAAGUUCCCUGUGGUUGGACAAUGGAGCUGUUUGAGUGACAAAGAGCCCCCCCCUCCCCCCGGGUGCAUCUGAGGAAUUUCUCUCAAAUGACAUGAUUCCCUUCAAUUUUUCUUUGUUCCAAAAGAUUAAGCUUUGAUUUUAAAAGAAAAUUACACACUUUUUGGAAGAAUUAUGGUGAGAAAUUUGUUAAUUUAACUAUAUUAUAUCUGAAGGAUCGGAAAAAGCAUUAAAAUACGACAGGGGCGUAGCCAGGGAAGGUAUAUAAAUACCCUUUAAAUUAAAUAUUCAGGAAUUUCAGACUUUUCUUUAGAGUUCAAGACAAAUUAAUUUCAAGGUAAAAUCUGCAUUGAAAAAAUUUAUAAAGGGAAUUUUUGAAUACUAUAAAAUGCAUUAAAUGUUUGAAAAAUCACAGCUAGAAAAAGAACAAUUAAAAAAAAACGUCAUAUUAGAAGAGAAACGUCAAACGUUAAAAAUAUAUCAAAUAAUGUCAGUUAAGAAAGUGUCAAACGUUAAACGAACGUCAAAUCUUAGAAAAGAAAACGUCAACCAUUCAAAGAAAUGAAAUAUAAAUGAAUAAGAAGAAGAAUCCUAAUUUCAAAGAAGACCUGCGAUUGGCUAAUAAAUUCGAAUAAAUUAUUUUUAUUGACUCUGUCUUCCUACGGGGUGGAUUCUCGGUGCAAAGUUAGUUUGAAGAGCAUAAAAAUUGUUCCGUGAAACAACAGAAAAAAAGAAAAAAACUCAAGAAAUUUUCUGGGAAAUAAACAAAAAACAAUAGUCCCCAAAGGGUUAAAAAAAAUCUUCCAAAAAGUGUGUAGAUUUUCCAGAAAAAAAAAUAAAAGAAAAGCUAAAAAAAUAUUAUUUUCUAAUUGAAGCCUUGUUAUUGCUGUGCAAAGAAAAGUUUAUUUUUUCACCGAGAGGAUUGGGCUGUGGGGGCGGGGAGCAUGAUUGGCAAAGUAAUAAAUAAUGGAUUUGAUGAGCGAGCUUUUUUUUUAGAGAAAGAAAAAAAUCCUAAAUUCCAAAAGACGAGAGGAGAUUUUUUAAAUCAAAAUUUUCUUCCAUUAAAGAUUUUUGCUUAUUCCAAAAGAAAAAAAAAUACAAAAAAUGAGAAAAAUUGAACAAUUUUAUAUUACAUAAUUUUUUUUGGUUUUGCAUUCUUUAUCACAAAGAACAAUUAUUUUUUUCUUUAACAAUUUAAAACAAAAAUAAAGAUUUUUAUAAAGGAAAUAUCUUCUCCUCGUCGGUGGAUCCACGCGCGAUAGUGUUGUUCAAUUAUAAAUUCUUAUUCCCAAGAAAUAUCUCUCUCUCUAAAAAAAAAUAAGAAAAAAAGCAUUUUAAAAUAAAAGAAAAAAUGAACAUUGUAUAAUGAUAUUAAACGGAAAAAAAAUCUAUAUUGCUGAAUGUAUAAUCCUGACUAUAUUUGUGGCAAUUUAAGAAAAUUCUCACACACACACCCGUGGCAGGACGCAGGAUGAGAAAACCCAAAUGAAAAAAAAAGAAGAAAAACUCACAUUUUAUGAAUAAAGAAGCUUUAAAUUGAGACCGCGCA